AUGGCAUGGGGCAGUGCUCAUCCGGCCCCCUCCUUCACACUUGGCCAUUUGCUCGUCCUAGUGGCAGCAGAGGCAGAGCUGUGGCUUUGUGGCCACCAAGAUUCAUUUCGGAGCAGAUUCAUCAGGAUAAACAUGUGGGCCCCACCGAGACUCCUGGACCUGGCAGGGCAGAGCCUGCUGAGAGAUGAGGCCUUGGCCAUCGCCGCCCUCGAUGAGCUGCCCGUGGAGCUGUUCCCACCACUCUUCAUGGCAGCCUUUGCUAGGAGACACAGCAAGACCCUGAAGGCGAUGGUGCAGGCCUGGCCCUUCGCUUGCCUCCCUCUGGGGGCUCUCAUGAGGGAAUGGCAGCCUCACAAGGAGAUCUUUCAAGCUGCACUCAGUGGGCUUGAUGUCUUGCUUGCUCAGAAGGUUCGCCCCAGGAGGUGGAAGCUGCGAGUGCUAGAUCUACGCAGAAAUGCUCACCAGGAUUUCUGGACCGUAUGGUCUGGAACCAGGUCUGGCAUGUGCUCACUGGGGGAGCCAGUGACAACCCAGCCCAUGAGUAAGAAGCAGAAAGUGGAAAGUUCGUGCAUGGGGGCAAAGCAGCCUUUGGCUCCCUUGCAGGUGCUCGUUGACCUGUACCUCAGGAAAGGUACCCAUGAUGAAUUGCUCACCUACCUCAUUGAGAAAGUCAAGCAGAGGAAAGGUUUACUACACCUGUGCUGUACGAAGCUGGAGAUUGUUGCAGUGCCCAUGAAACAUAUUAAGAUGAUCCUGAAAAUGGUGCAGCUGGACUCUGUGCAGGACUUGGAAGUGAAUUGUAUCUGGAAACUGUCCACCCUAGGGAAUUUUGCUCCUUACCUGGGCAAGAUGGGAAGUCUGCGCAAACUCCUCCUCUCCCACAGGAACACGUCUUCCUACACAUCCCCAGAGGAGGAGGAGCAGUGUGUCGCCCAGUUAGCUUCUCAGUUCCUGAGUCUGCACCACCUCCAGGAGCUCUAUUUGGACUCUAUCAACUUCCUCAAUGGCCGCCUGGACCAGAUGCUCAGGUGCCUGAAGAGUCCCUUGGAGACCCUCUCCAUAACUAACUCCCUACUUUCAGAAUCAGACCUGAUGCAUCUGUCCCAGUGCCCCAACAUCACUCAGCUGAAGGAACUGAGUCUGAGUGGGGUCAUGCUGACCACUGUGAAUCCUGAGCCCCUCCAACUUCUGCUGGAGAGAGCCUCUGCAACCCUCCAGGAUCUUGAUUUAAAUGAGUGUGGGAUUAUGGACUCCCUAUUCAGUGCCAUCCUGCCUGUCCUGAGCCGCUGCUCCCAGCUCAUGAUCUUAAGGUUCUGCGGGAACCCCAUCUCCAUGGCUGCCUUGGAGAACCUCGUGCGCCACACCGUCAGCAUGAGCAAGCUAACCCACGUGCUGUAUCCUCCCCCACUGGAGAGUUUUGAUGACGACUAUGGUGUCCUCCACCUGGGGAGACUUACCCAGCUGCAUGCCACGCUGAAGCGGAUGCUGCACGAAUUUGGACGGCAGGAUAUAGUCUGGUUCAGCGCCAACCCGUCCGUACUGUGGUGA